CUCAAGAUUAACCCGUGGAUAUAAUUCGCGUCGGAAUUCCACUAAAAUACAGAAGUGACAUUUUGGCGAUUUCCCUGGAUCUGGUGUUUUGAAGGAUUCAAAAAGAACUGGCUCUGGAUGGAUUUUUAUUAUCUCGUGCACUCUCUUUGAUAUCCUGAUGUCACGUUGGUAUCUUACAACCAAAUCACGUACUGUGAGAUUUCUCUGUCUCGGUUUGUCUCUUGUCUAGGUUUUACUGAGACACCUGUGACUUCGUAAGUUUGGGAUUAUUUCUUCAGUCUGAUAGCUGGAUUUACUGUCAGAGCAAACCGGUGAGGUGUUUCUCAAAAAAUGAUGGCGUCUUCAGCACCUUCUUCCUCGGCUGGUGAUAUGGAUCCAAACACGGCUAAUUUACGGCAACCUGCCACAACCUCUGACGCGUGGUAUGGGGUUGCUCACGGAUGCACGAGGAAACUGGGCAUGAAGAUAUGUGGUUUCCUGCAGAAGAAUAACAGUUUGGAUGAGAAGAACCGUUUGGUGGGCACCUUCAAGGACAGCGCAAGGAAUCAGAUGUCGUGCGACAACAGUGAACGCUUCCGACACACAGAGACAGACUUCUCCAACCUGUUUGCUCGAGAUCUGCUGCCAGCAAAAAAUGGAGAGGAACCCACAAUCCAGUUUCUUCUUGAGUUAGUGGACAUCCUCACCAAUUAUGUGCACAAGACCUUUGACAGAUCCACCAAAGUGUUGGACUUCCAUCACCCGCAUCAGCUGCUGGAGGGGAUGGAGGGCUUCAACCUUGAGCUGUCUGAUCAACCAGAGUCUCUGGAGCAGAUUCUAGUGGACUGCAGAGACACACUCAAGUAUGGAGUCAGAACAGGUCAUCCUAGAUUUUUUAACCAGCUUUCUUCUGGUCUGGACAUCAUUGGUUUGGCUGGAGAAUGGCUCACCUCCACUGCCAACACUAACAUGUGUGGUAUUCCAAUCAAGGGCAGAAGGAGCUGUUCUAGGAGAAACUUGACUGAGAAAGUCAUCAUCCUUCAAGAGGGUAUUCUGCAGGGCUGCAACUCCAUGUGCGCUGGAUACCUCUUCCAACCAGACAAACAGUACGAUGUGACCUAUGACACAGGAGACAUGGCCAUCCAGUGUGGCAGACAUGUAGACAUCUUCAAAUUCUGGCUCAUGUGGAAAGCCAAGGGAACAAUCGGUUUUGAACAACAUAUUGACAGAUGUUUGGAGCUGUCUGAUUAUCUCUACAACAAAAUCAAGAACCGUGAGGGGUAUCAAAUGGUGUUUGAGGGCCAGCCUCAGCACACAAACGUUUGUUUCUGGUAUAUUCCACCGAGCUUGCGGGGCAUGCCAGAUGGUGAUGAACGAAGGGGAAAGCUACACAGGGUGGCGCCCAAGCUUAAAGCAAUGAUGAUGGAGUGCGGUACAACCAUGGUAGGAUACCAGCCGCAGGGAGACAAAGUCAACUUCUUCCGAAUGGUCGUUUCCAAUCAUGCCACCACCAUGUCUGACAUUGAUUUUCUCAUCGAUGAGAUCGAGAGGCUGGGUCAAGACCUGUAAGAGUGCCACUCUGUUGGGUGGAGGCUGAAAUUGCAUCCAUGUCUGCACAUUUAAUGGCAUGUUUUGACAUUGUGUUGUGGUCCAGUAUGCUCUGCCCUCCUCUAUAUCAUUAGAUCUUAAAUUGACAGAUAACGUAGCCUCUAUAGCCACACAGUCACCUUACAGAGUAGUUUAACUCUAUUGAGAAUCAUACUCUGAUAUCUGUAACAGUCGGUGCUUCGAUUUGUAAAUACAAUAUAAAGAUGAGCAAGGCACAGCACCCUUUUAAUUAAACUCAAACCCCUUUCUGUGUAGUGGUGGGGUCUGUGUGAUUGUUAACCAGUGGUUGUAAUACAAUCUGUACUUAAGUGUUGUGUUCCUAGCCUUAAUUAACCUUGUAGUAGGUCAUGUAAAGUGUUUUAACAGCACCUUUGUGAGGUGAUACAUAAGUAUUACAUUUUCAGCUUGAAAUGUUCGACUGACAGAAAUAUGUAAACAAAGAAAGUUAUUUAUAUUGUGACCUGAGCAGUGUACAAAGUUUCCCAUUUGUAACAUCUCUUCAGUUAAUGUUCACAUCAACCAUCAGAAUGGGGAAACAAAUGUGAUCUCAGUUAUUUGGACUGUGGCAUGAUUGUUGAUGCCAGAUGGGCUGGUUUGAAUAUUUCUGUAACGGUGGAUCUCCUGGGAAUUUAUUCAGAAUGGUGCCAAAAACAAAAAACAUCCAGUGAGCGGCAGUUUUGUGGAUGGAAAUGCCUUGUUGAUGAGAAAGGUCAAAAGAUAAUGGCCAGACUAGCCCGAACUGACAAAGUCUACAGUAUCUCAGAUAACCACUCUGUACAAUUGUGGUGAGAAGAAUAGAAUGCUAUUCUGAGAUGCGGGUUGGCACUGUUUUGCCAGCACGAGGUGGACCUACACAUUAUCAAGUAGGUGGUUUUAAUGUUAUGUCUGAUCAGUGUACAUUAUAAUAGGUCUAUCCACAAGAACAUUUAUAUAUAAAUAUACAUAUGGAUAUAAUAUACACUACCGGUCAAACGUUUUGAAACACUUACUCAUUCUUUAUUAUAUAUUUUUUCUUCACAUUUUAGAAUAAUAUUGUCAUCAAAACUAUGGAAUAACAUAAAUGGAACUAAAAUCCCAAAUAAAUCCAAACAGUGUUAUUUUAGCAUCUUCAAAGACGUCACCUUUUGCCUAGAAUAUGAAGACAUGUGCUCUUGACAUUUUCUCAACCAACUUCUUGAGGUAUCACCCUGAGAGGCUUUUUAAAUAGUAUUGAAGAAGUUCCCAUCUAUGUUGGGCACUUAUUGGCUGCUUUUCUUUAUUAUUUGGUCCAAGUCAUCAAUUUCAAAAACUUUUUUUAUUAUUAUAUUUUAGUUCUAUAAUGAAAUAAAUUAAUAUGGUGUCACAAUUAUAUUUUUGUCAACAAACCUAAUUUCAAACAUAUAUGCAUACGCCUUCAGAUCAAAGGAUUUUUAUGAUCAUGAGAAACAUUACAAUCAAGUGUUUCAAAACUUUUGACCAGUAGUGUAUAUAAAUAUAUGUUUGUUGUUCCUUAAAUCUGUGAAAUCAGUGUCAGUGUUAUAAUGUUAUUGUGUGUACCUCUGACUGAAUGUUACAAACAAUCCUAUCAAUUAUCUGGAGAUAGUUAUAGUUACCAGAUAUUUAUUACUCAUUAUUAAUAUUCAACUCAGGCGAUUAUAGCUCAAUGUCUUCUUGAUUUAAAAAAAAUAGCAAAAGCUUAGAAUGAAGGGUGGAAUUGUUGUUCUCAGGAUGCUGAAAGAUUCUGUUCAUCUAAAUAUUUACUAAUGGUUUAUUGAUAUUUCGCUGCUGUAUUUAGAUUCUGCUGUUGUGAGUCUGUUUAUUUAAUGUUCUCUCUUCAUGCAAAGUGUUUUUGACUAGUAAAAUCUGCACAAUAAUCUUUUUCCUUUUUGCAGUAAAUUGUCGACUCGAUUGUACGGUAUAUGUUGAAUGUGAGGAGGGCAGUCUGGUCUCCUCAGUAAGGCUGGCACUUUAAAAUGCAAUCACACUAUAUGUAGACAGUUACUAAUGCUUGUAAAGUGCACAAUAAAAUCUA